AUGGCGCCCAGUUUAAGCAAGCUGCUAGGGAACCAAAACGCUGUAAUUGGUGCUGCUGGUUGCACAGCAGCGGCCUGUAUCAUACUCUACGGCAAACAGAUCCACAAAAAUCGCAAGCAGCGACCCGAGGACGAAAUCCAAUACUUAAUAAGCGACAAAAAGGAAAAGCGCAGUCCGAAGGCCCAUGUCAAUGCCGUUUUCUUCAAUCAGCUGCGCGCACUAUUAGGCAUUAUCAUCCCCAAGGCAUGGAGCAUCGAGAACGGGUUGUUGGUGUUGAUUGCCCUGUCACUGAUUGCACGCUCGGUCAGCGACAUUUGGAUGAUACAAAAUGCGACGGCGAUCGAAAGCACGAUCAUCACGAUGAACAAGAAUCAAUUCCGUACUGCUUUAGUCAAGUAUCUUUCAGCACUCCCAGCGAUUGCUGUCGUGAACAACGUGUUGAAAUGGAGCAUAGGCGAAUUGAAACUUCGUUUCAGAACAAACUUGUCGCAAUAUUUGUACAACGAGUACCUGAAAGGAUUUACCUACUACAAAAUGUCGAAUUUGGAUAACCGAAUAGCGAACGCUGACCAGCUGCUGACGACAGAUAUUGACAAAUUCUGCGAAAGUGUGACUGACCUGUACUCCAACAUUUGCAAACCGCUUCUGGACAUCGUGAUUUACGUGUAUCGACUAACGACCAACCUAGGCGGAACAACGCCUGGCAUCCUGCUGCUGUACCUGUUCUUCUCGGGAGUGUUUCUCACUAACCUGCGCAAACCAACUGGUCGGCUCACAGUGAUGGAGCAGAAGCUCGAGGGUGAAUUCCGGUAUGUGAACAGUCGAUUGAUAACCAACUCGGAAGAAAUUGCCUUCUACAAGGGUAAUAACCGCGAGAAGCUCACCAUUUUGGCCAGCUUCAGUAAGCUGGUGGGACACAUGCGCAAAUUCCUCGAGUUCCGUGUAGGCAUGGGCAUCAUUGACAAUAUGGUGGCGAAAUAUAUUGCUACGGUUGUUGGGUUCUACGCCGUUUCGCUGCCGUUCUUCGAAAAGGAUCAUCCAUUGCUCACCGGAAGCCAGCAAAGUGAACGUUUGAGUCGCUACUAUACGUUCGGCCGUAUGUUAGUCAAGCUGGCAGAAGCUAUUGGCCGAUUAGUGCUAGCCGGACGUGAAAUGUCACGUCUCGCCGGUUUUACCGCACGCAUGACAGAGUUGACUGUGGUUUUGAAGGAUUUGAAUUCUGGCCGCUAUGAACGCACGAUGGUGAAUAAUUCGGCUAUUGCAGAUGCCGGGGACAUCGGCCCGGGACGAGGACUAAUGAAGUUCCAAGACAACUUAAUCAAAUUCGAACAUGUGCCAUUGGUGACGCCCAAUGGGGAUGUUUUGGUGAAGGAUCUCACGUUCGAGGUUAAAUCCGGAAUGAACGUGUUAGUGUGCGGACCAAAUGGUUGCGGCAAAAGCAGUCUGUUCCGUAUUCUUGGCGAACUUUGGCCAACAUGGGGCGGUAAAGUGACCAAACCCCCUGCUGGCAAGCUGUUUUACAUUCCCCAGCGACCGUACAUGACCCUCGGUUCGCUACGCGAUCAGAUCAUUUAUCCGCACACCCACCAGGAAAUGAAGCGUCGUGGCAAAACCGAUGCCGAUCUGCUCAAAUAUCUCGAGUUGGUGCAGCUCAACUACAUCCAGGUGCGCGAGAAGGGUCUGGACGCGAUUGAGGAUUGGAUCGAUGUGCUGUCCGGUGGCGAAAAACAGCGGAUCGCCAUGGCCCGCCUGUUCUACCACAAUCCACAGUUCGCAAUCCUCGACGAGUGCACGUCCGCGGUGUCGGUCGACGUUGAGGGUAGUAUGUAUGAGUACUGCCGAAUGGUCGGUAUCACGCUGUUCACUGUAUCACAUCGAAAGUCUCUGUGGACGCACCACGAUUAUUACCUCAAGUUUGACGGCCACGGUGCGUACGAGUUCGCGCCAAUCGAAGGUACACAGGAUCAAUUUGGAUCGUAAUAUGCCUCCAUUACCAAGCAGGAGAAGGUGACAAACGUUCGUUCCCACAUACUAGGAAAAAGGCACAUGAGAGAGGCGCACAUUGCUUGUGAGCAUAUUUUAUAGGAUUGCGAUUAAACGUGUUACCCGUGGCCUCUAGAGCUAACAUACUAGGAAGGCCUCUAUUGCGCGAAGCAACUACAUAGAGUAGGCUUUGGUAUUGUGGAACGGUAUUAGGUCAUCUCAUCCUCUAUUAUAAGGCAUUGAAUUGCAGCUAU